GUCCCAUUUCUCACUACCUCCUCACUCGAAAUGGGUGCUCACAAGCAAAACCUCCUCACUAAUAUCUCCGUAUUACUUCUCCUCUUCGCCACUCUCAUUGCUUCUUCCUAUGCUUGUGACUGUGGCCCUUCAAAACCGCCAAAACACCCUUCAAAACCACCUAAACACCCUUCAAAACCACCCAAACCCCCUGCCCUGAAACCACCAGCACCAAAACCGCCCGUCAGACCAAAACCGCCCGUCAAACCAAAACCACCAACCGUGAAACCUCAUCCUCCUUACACCCCAAAGCCGCCGCCGGUCAAGCCCCCGUCGCCGCCUCCGCCAACCGUAAAGCCACCAUCUCCGAAACCUACGCCGCCUCCGCCAACCGUAAAGCCACCAUCUCCGACACCUACACCGCCUCCGCCAACCGUAAAGCCACCAUCUCCGACACCUACGCCACCAACACCUACGCCGACGCCCCCAACACCGACGCCGCCUCCGGAAACGCCCUGCCCACCACCUCCGCCGCCUAAGCCGACGCCGCCGGCGACGCCUCCGCCGCCAAAGCCAGAGACUUGUCCGAUCGACACGUUAAAGCUGGGAGCGUGUGUGGAUAUUCUGGGCGGUUUGAUACACAUUGGACUGGGCAAAAGCCACGCGAAAGAAGCUUGCUGUCCUGUCUUGGGAGGGCUCGUGGAUCUCGACGCGGCGGUUUGUCUCUGCACCACCAUUAAAGCCAAGCUUUUGAACAUCAAUCUCAUUAUUCCCAUUGCUCUCGAGCUUCUCGUUGACUGUGGCAAGACCCCACCUCCUGGGUUCCAGUGUCCUGCUUGAGAGAAAUAAACCUCCGGUUGAAUCAAAGGGUUUCCGGUUUCGUUGGUUUUCUUCCGGUUUAAUGUGUUUUGCUUAGGGCGAGGAGAUUAAUUUGUAAGACAUUUAUUGAUCUCUCGAUGUCUUUGGUAGGGUUCGGUUUGUGUGUUUGUGUUCUGUUUGUUUGUCAUACAAUAAAAAAAGGGAUUGUUGUUUGGGUUUGAUAAUGAAAUAUUUGGGUUUCAUAAAUU